UGAAUUUAACAAGGUCACACACACAGACACACACACACCAUAGCCACAAACUUCUGCAACCCAAAACAUGAAAAAAAGAGGAACACAACAAGAGGAAUGAAGACACACAAGCCAAACAACCUACAACUACAAGAGAGAAGAUGAGAGUGCAAAAAAUGGAAGAAGGUAUGGGCUGAAGCAAUAGCUGACAGCACGCAUAGCAUCUCCUGUCUGGAGCUCUUUGAGUUCAGCAAGUCUUCAAUGAAGGAGAGUAAGAAACGUGCCGAAGGGAAGAAAGUGAUCGUGAUGAGGGACUGUGUCAAGAUAAAAGAGCAAGAGGUUGAGGGAUGUCCAAAACAAUGCAGCACCUUCCUGCUGGAGACCACAGACAAGACGCACAUCUUUGCUUCUCCCACCAUGGAGCUGCACAGCUGGAUCAUGGAGCUGUGCAGGCUGGCAUUCCCUUUGAAUCAGUCUGAGUGUAGAUCACAGAAACAGGAUCAUCAGCAAGCUGCAGACAUGCAAGAGAACACACUGUACGACACCACUGAGAGUGUGCGGGAUUUCCUGGUAAUGGCUGUGGCUACAGAGGCAGCACUGCGGUGUAAGCUGUAUGGAGAAUACAUUCUCACACCACAGUCUGACUCCUUACUCCUGAAGGACUACAAAACAAAGAAGGUUCUGCUCACAUGGCCGUAUCGCUUCGUCAGGAAAUUUGGUCAAGACACAAUGACUUUUAACUUUGAAGCAGGUCGCAGGUGCGAGUCCGGAGAAGGCUACUUUGAAUUUGCCACCAGUCACAGUGAACAGCUCUUUGAAUUCAUCAGCGGUGCUCUCAAGAAAUUUCAAAAGGGGGAAGCAUCUGGAACAAGACCCAAAGAACAGCAAAUUCCCCACUAUUCCGAGCAAUCCCACACACCUCCAGCAAAGGUUAAGCAUCCGAAAAAAAAAUUGACCACAAGCGUUUCACUAAACUCCAUCAACGUGAGUGAUAGUUCCAAAAAAGACAACAUCGGCAGAACUCCUCUCCCAUGCAAUGUCCAAGAUCCAGUUUAUGCCAUGAUUAACAAAUCAAAAUCACACUCGAAGAGCAAGAAUUCCAAGACCCAACAAUUUUGCCCACUUCCUGACAUUGACGACUUCUCUGAGGACAUUUUCGGUGUCCUGGGUGAUGAAGAAGAAGAAGGAAAUCAGAAGAACCCAGAGCAAUUAGCCAUCCAUCCUAAAUUUAAAGACUACAAAUCGGAACCAGUUUACUCAGAAGUCAAAGUGCAUGGAGAUUACGGGAGCAAGGAUGAGGCUGUUGAUGACAUACCUCAUUCGCUGACCUCGGACCUCCAAGACUCUCGAGCUGUAGCUUUUCUAAAGGUUUCUGACGACAUACCCUGCAUGGUGGAUGAAGAAGAACAGCUGGAACGGUCUAUGGAGCAAUUAUCCAUCCAUCAAAUGCCUAAUGUCUACGGAGCUGAAAGCAUCUACUCACAAGUACCAGGUUGUUAUGAUGAUUAUGGUGACAACGAAGAGUGUGUGGACAUUGUAGAAAUUCCAGAAUAUUUCUACCCACCUCCUCCUCCUUGUGCAUUUGAUAUAGAUCCCUCCUUUGAGGACCCUCAAGAUGAGGGAUUUUGCACUUACGAUAAUUUACCUAAAAGACUAUAAUUUAUUCUAUGCAAAACUUCUAGAGGUUUUUAUUCACAUUCUUUAGUGUGUAUACAGACAAUACAAACUUGAUGAUUGACACUUGAUUUGUGAUGAUGGAUUCCAGAGUCCUGGUUAUUGCCUGCACAGCCCUGAUAAUCAUCUCCCGGUCUUUGAUGAUUGGCUACAUGUCCACACCCUCACUGAUGAGCUGGAGUGUUAAUGGUGAGAUUACUAAUUAUUGCUCCAAAGUUAUGAUCAUUGGCUCCAGAUCUUUAGAAUGACUUGGCAGUAGUGGACUAAUAAUUGACUAUAGAACCCUGAGCAUUGAUUACAGAGUUGUGAUAAUCACUUAAUGAGCCCUAAUGAUGCGCUCCAGAGUGGUAUCAUCAAUUACAGAGCGCUCCAGAUAAUCAGGAUCUGUAAUGAGUUUUAGUGAUUAUUUCCAGAUCCAUAUUGAUUGACACCGGAAACUUGACGGCACAACAUUGAUGGAAAAAACUGAGGAUCAAAUCCAGAAUUUUGAAGAACAUCUCCAGAUCGGUGAUGAUUAUAUUUUAGUGUUGUAAUUUGCUGGAUAGAUUAGACUGGCAGUGGAGUGAUGACCCUUGAGGUGAAAACAGUAGACAUCAAGGACACAUUAUUCAUACAAUCAGUCCCUCCAGCAUUUUAUUUAAGCUUCAAAAUUUUUUUAUUUAAGCUUCAAAAUUUGCAGAGUAUUUUUUUGUGCUUUGUUUGCAGAAAUCUACUUGAAUUGGUGAAAUUGCAAGCACAUGGUGUCUUGUUUUAAACUCCUACCAGUGAAGACACGUGUGUAAUUAUGUAAUAUGACAAUGAAAAAUUGCAGUCUCCUCCACAUAUCACAGAGUUUGCUCGAUUUUUUGCGCUAAACUCUUUUACCUGUGAUCGCCAAAUCCUGGGGGACUGUAAAAUUUUGAGUACAAAUUCAAGUACAUAUAUACAUAUGGUUGUCAUCACCAUUACUUUACUCAACAUUAAGGCACGUGAAAACUCUGGUUCAUUAUUUCAUUAUUAUCUCAUUCCAUGUAUGUGAGAUGGGCUUGUUUCAUGUAAUUUGUUAAAUUCCUGUGUUUCAGAGUUAGUUUAAAGAAUAAAAAUAUACCAGGUCUUAGUUUAAUGGAUGAAUUUGUUUGUGAAUCCACCUCUCUCUCUCUCAAAAAAAACCACAAAAACGAUCCACGGUAUUGUUUUUACUUUUAGAAGAUUUCUAUGUGCUUUCUAGAGCAACCUGCAGAGGGCAAUAUCUCUCUCCUGAUAUAUUACUGAGCAAUAAGUUCUGAAUACUGAAUGGUGCAUUUAAGGCCUAAAUUACCACAGAAUGAUGCAUUAGACACGAUUCAGCAGAGACACAGACCACGCAAAGUGGCUCUUAUUUUUCUGACUCGCUCACAAAUGGCCCUUUGCUAUA